AUGUCCGAAAGUAAACGCUCGAGUGAAGCCGACCGCGGUGGCGUCGCCCGCAAGGUCGACGCAGUCGGCGACAACGCAGUUCGACCCGGAGUCCCGGCGACCACGAGGCUGCGAUCGCCCCCCGUGUCCUGGAAGGUUUCGCUCCUCGCCCCGAGGCCCCCCCGCGGUCCCGUCGGCCGAUCUCUCUUAACCCGAGGUCGGUCAGGUCGAGCCUCGAUGAGAGCGAGAGAGAGCGAGAGAGAUGCGCAGGAGGAGGGACAGAAUGUCACCGAGGAGCGGAUUCAGGAGUUCCGCAGGAGGACAGAGUUCCAGGCCCGAGUCAGGACGCGGGAGGGGGAUGGAAGUCGGAAGGAGGAGGAGAAGUGA